AGUCCAUCCGGGUUCUUUGAGAUGCUGUUUGGCGACUCGUCGCCAUUCCCGGAGCAGGUCGGCUUCGGCCCAGGGGCGAGUAUCCGUUGCUGUGUCGGAGACACUAGUCCCCGACACCAAGACAGCCAGCCCUCUCCCCUGCCUCGCGGCGGGAGAGCGUGUCCGGCUGGCCGGCCGGCGGGGCUCGCGCAACCUCCCUCGCCUCCCCUUCCCCCGCAGCCUCCGCCCCGCCAGGCCCGGCCCGGACUCCCGAGCCCCGGCCUCCUCGUCCUCGGUCGCCGCUGCCGCCGGGCUUAACAGCCCCGUCCGCCGCUUCUCUUACUAGUUUGAGAAGCCAAGGAAGGAAACAGGGAAAAAUGUCGCCAUGAAGGCCGAGAACCGCUGCCGCCGCCGACCCCCGCCGGCCCUGAACGCCAUGAGCCUGGGUCCCCGCCGCGCCCGCUCCGCUCCGACUGCCGUCGCCGCCGAGGCCCCCGUUGAUGCCGCUGAGCUCCCCCAACGCCGCCGCCACCGCCUCCGACAUGGACAAGAACAGCGGCUCCAACAGCUCCUCCGCCUCUUCGGGCAGCAGCAAAGGGCAACAGCCGCCCCGCUCCGCCUCGGCGGGGCCAGCCGGCGAGUCUAAACCCAAGAGCGAAUUACUAAUUUCAGCUGGAUUCAAUUUGUUGUCAGUUGAUUCUGUAGUAAGGCCAUAUGUUGCCCCUCUGGAGGUGCUUGUCAACUACUCUGGAUGAUGGAUGGAAAGAACUCCAGUGGAUCCAAGCGUUAUAAUCGCAAACGUGAACUUUCCUACCCCAAAAAUGAAAGUUUUAACAACCAGUCCCGUCGCUCCAGUUCACAGAAAAGCAAGACUUUUAACAAGAUGCCUCCUCAAAGGGGCGGCGGCAGCAGCAAACUCUUUAGCUCUUCUUUUAAUGGUGGAAGACGAGAUGAGGUAGCAGAGGCUCAACGGGCAGAGUUUAGCCCUGCCCAGUUCUCUGGUCCUAAGAAGAUCAACCUGAACCACUUGUUGAAUUUCACUUUUGAACCCCGUGGCCAGACGGGUCACUUUGAAGGCAGUGGACAUGGUAGCUGGGGAAAGAGGAACAAGUGGGGACAUAAGCCUUUUAACAAGGAACUCUUUUUACAGGCCAACUGCCAAUUUGUGGUGUCUGAAGACCAAGACUACACAGCUCAUUUUGCUGAUCCUGAUACAUUAGUUAACUGGGACUUUGUGGAACAAGUGCGCAUUUGUAGCCAUGAAGUGCCAUCUUGCCCAAUAUGCCUCUAUCCACCUACUGCAGCCAAGAUAACCCGUUGUGGACACAUCUUCUGCUGGGCAUGCAUCCUGCACUAUCUUUCACUGAGUGAGAAGACGUGGAGUAAAUGUCCCAUCUGUUACAGUUCUGUGCAUAAGAAGGAUCUCAAGAGUGUUGUUGCCACAGAGUCACAUCAGUAUGUUGUUGGUGAUACCAUUACGAUGCAGCUGAUGAAGAGGGAGAAAGGGGUGUUGGUGGCUUUGCCCAAAUCCAAAUGGAUGAAUGUAGACCAUCCCAUUCAUCUAGGAGAUGAACAGCACAGCCAGUACUCCAAGUUGCUGCUGGCCUCUAAGGAGCAGGUGCUGCACCGGGUAGUUCUGGAGGAGAAAGUAGCACUAGAGCAGCAGCUGGCAGAGGAGAAGCACACUCCCGAGUCCUGCUUUAUUGAGGCAGCUAUCCAGGAGCUCAAGACUCGGGAAGAGGCUCUGUCGGGAUUGGCUGGAAGCAGAAGGGAGGUCACUGGUGUUGUGGCUGCUCUGGAACAACUGGUGCUGAUGGCUCCCUUGGCGAAGGAGUCUGUUUUUCAACCCAGGAAGGGUGUGCUGGAGUAUCUGUCUGCCUUCGAUGAAGAAACCACGGAAGUGUGUUCUCUGGACACUCCUUCUAGACCUCUUGCUCUCCCUCUGGUAGAAGAGGAGGAAGCAGUGUCUGAACCAGAGCCUGAGGGGUUGCCAGAGGCCUGUGAUGACUUGGAGUUAGCAGAUGACAAUCUUAAAGAGGGGACCAUUUGCCCUGAGUCCAGCCAGCAGGAACCCAUCACCAAGUCAGGCUUCACACGCCUCAGCAGCUCUCCUUGUUACUACUUUUACCAAGCGGAAGAUGGACAGCAUAUGUUCCUGCACCCUGUGAAUGUGCGCUGCCUCGUGCGGGAGUACGGCAGCCUGGAGAGGAGCCCCGAGAAGAUCUCAGCAACUGUGGUGGAGAUUGCUGGCUACUCCAUGUCUGAGGAUGUUCGACAGCGUCACAGAUAUCUCUCUCACUUGCCACUCACCUGUGAGUUCAGCAUCUGUGAACUGGCUUUGCAACCUCCUGUGGUCUCUAAGGAAACCCUAGAGAUGUUCUCAGAUGACAUUGAGAAGAGGAAACGUCAGCGCCAAAAGAAGGCUCGGGAGGAACGCCGCCGAGAGCGCAGGAUUGAGAUAGAGGAGAACAAGAAACAGGGCAAGUACCCAGAAGUCCACAUUCCCCUCGAGAAUCUACAGCAGUUUCCUGCCUUCAAUUCUUAUACCUGCUCCUCUGAUUCUGGUUUGGGUCCCACCAGCACCGAGGGCCAUGGGGCCCUCUCCAUUUCUCCUCUCAGCAGAAGUCCAGGUUCCCAUGCAGACUUUCUGCUGACCCCUCUGUCACCCACUGCCAGUCAGGGCAGUCCCUCAUUCUGCGUUGGGAGUCUGGAAGAAGACUCUCCCUUCCCUUCCUUUGCCCAGAUGCUGAGGGUUGGAAAAGCAAAAGCAGAUGUGUGGCCCAAAACUGCUCCAAAGAAAGAUGAGAACAGCUUAGUUCCUCCUGCCCCUGUGGACAGCGACGGGGAGAGUGAUAAUUCAGACCGUGUUCCUGUGCCCAGUUUUCAGAAUUCCUUCAGCCAAGCUAUUGAAGCAGCCUUCAUGAAACUGGACACACCAGCUACUUCAGACCUCCUCUCUGCACACUCUAGUGUGUCAGAUAGGACCUAUUUGCCACCCCAGAGAAAUUGAUGACGCCUGAAAGUGAAAUUCUGAGGAACUCUUCCAAGAUACAGUGGGGUGUACAACCUGUAUCCUUUAGAAUCUUGAAUUGGUACAGGGUGGCUAAUUAGAUGGAGAAGUCAGUCUCGAAGCCUGUUGCACUCUGUUCAUGACUAGACAAGAAUCACAUACGUAUGGCGUGCUAUGUGCCUAGCACUGUGCUAAUUCUCCCAACAACCACGUUAAAUGGGUGUACCUCACGUUACAGAUGGGGAAACUGAGGUCCAGGGGGGUAAAAGUGAUUUGCCCAAAGACACCCACUUGGUGUAUACCAAGACUGGUAUUGGCAUCUAGGCAGUCUAAUUCCAGAGCCUCCACUCUUAGCUCCCACUCUGUGACUCUCAGUAAUGAAAACUGGCCAGGGGACAAGGGAUGGCAUUUUAAGUUAAGCUGUCUUUCUGUGUCUCCCUUUAGAAGAGAAAGGAGGAAAGAAAAGAAAAAAACAGAAACAGAAGCUCCUGUUCAGCACCUCAGUCGUCCACACCAAGUGACACUACUCGCCCGGGCUACCUUCUCCAUCUGGUUUUUGUUUUUGGUUUUUUUUCCCCCAUGCUUUUGUUUGGCUGCUGUAAUUUUUAAGUAUUUGAGUUUGAACAGAUUAGCUCUGGGGGGAGGGGGUUUCCACAAUGUGAGGGGGAACCAAGAAAAUUUUAAAUACAGUGUAUUUUCCAGCUUCCUGUCUUUACACCAAAAUAAAGUAUUGACACAAGAGA